AUGGAGCACCAGUCCAUCAUCGCCCAGGUUAGCAGGGAGGAGGGGAGCGCCCCGCUGCAGGAGAAAGGUACCCAGGCCCCCGCCAAGAAGCCCCGGAGCCGCAGCAUCCUCCAGUCCCUCUUCUGCUGCCUGUGCCGCGAUGAGGGGGAGCCCUGCGCCGGCACCCCCAGCGCCCCGCUGCUGGUGGAGGAGAAUGGGGCCCUGCCCAAGGCUGCCGUCAAACACCUCCUGCCCGAGAUCAAGCCGCAGGACGCCAGCAAGCUGUGCGUGGUCAUCGACCUGGACGAGACGCUGGUGCACAGCUCCUUCAAGCCGGUGAACAACGCCGACUUCAUCAUUCCCGUGGAAAUCGAUGGCAUCAUGCACCAGGUGCCCUCUGCCCCGCGCCCGCAGGUGUAUGUGCUCAAGCGGCCGCAUGUGGAUGAGUUCCUGCAGCGCAUGGGCGAGCUCUUCGAGUGCGUGCUCUUCACUGCCAGCCUGGCCAAGUAUGCAGACCCCGUGGCUGACCUGCUGGAUAAAUGGGGGGCUUUCCGAGCACGGCUUUUCCGGGAGUCCUGCGUCUUCCACCGCGGCAACUACGUGAAGGACCUGAGCCGCCUGGGCCGCGACCUGCACCGCAUCAUCAUCGUGGACAACUCGCCCGCAUCCUACAUCUUCCACCCCGAUAACGCCGUGCCGGUGGCCUCCUGGUUCGAUAACAUGGCGGACACGGAGCUGCUGGACCUGCUACCCUUCUUUGAGAGGCUCAGCAAGGUGGAAGACGUGUACGCAGUGCUCAAGAAGCAGCGGACUAACAGCUAGUGGCCCCCCCACCCCACCGGGUGCUGCCGGUGGGGGGGCACCGCCGUGGCAGCCGGGUACCUUAUUUUAGGGGGAGGGCCCGGUGUGCCCCCCCCUUAUCAUCCUCCCCAGCCCUGGUGGGCGAGGGUGCUGUCCCUGCCUGCUGGUAGUGGGAGAUGUGGGUGCCCCUGCCAGAAAGCUGGGUGUCCCCCUUCCCAUGGGGGGGGGG